AUGUCAACGGGUGACUUGCUGAAUAAUCUUGGACGUCUGCAGCGCGCUCUACGCGUGGUGCGCUACGCGGGGCAUUUUGACACGACCAGAGCCAAGCUGGGGGACCCUGCUGCCUUCUUGCCUCUGAUACAUUACACGCUACUGGCCUACUCCCACCGGGUGUCUGCGGAGCUAGCCGAGCAUGGUUAUGAGCUGUACGGGAAAAGCGAUCUGCGUUUCGUGGAGGCGGUGUUUCGGUUGUUGCGCAAUGAAUUCGGAUACAGCCCGCGGCUUUCCACCGAGCAAUUCUUUGCUCGGGGCUUUGCCGAGCUCAAGAUGAUCUUGGUAGUUGACAUCACGGAUAUAUGUAUAAAGCGCCAUCGCGAGCUUGCGCGGCAAGCCAAGGCAGAACUUGGCCCACGGGGCUCUACACGCGUGGAAAACGUGUACGGACCGCUUGUGACGGACAAUGUGAGCCCAAAUACCAGCAUGCUGUAUGGGGCACGUCGCCAGUAUGAUUCACAGCUCUACCAAACGACAACGAACCAUCCCCUGGAUCGUGAUGAUGUGGACUCGAUUCACGCAGCGCUUUUUGAUGUGGAUGACAGCGAUAUUCAGCCCCGCUCACCGUUACAAAGCGGUUUGCCCGAGCAGCUCGAGCAGACACAGCCAACCCAAAAUUCCAUGCCAGCCUCGGUCCAAGCUGCCGCAACCGCAGAACACUCUUCAGCUACCCACCAAGCCGCGACGGCCGCCAUGCAGGGCGUGGAUGCUCUGGCGCGCCGUGUGCAAGCGCUCACGGCGCGUAUGUCCAACCUCGAUGGCAAGCAGGCGCAACUCAUGCAUCUUGCGAGUAGCCAUCGUAGCCAAGGCGAAGCCAAUGAAAGUACCAAUUCGGCUCCGCCACGGCCACGGCCAGCAUCACCUCAUCCUACGCCCGAGACCAAUGCAGCGUGGAGCAGUGAGCUGGCCAGCAUGCGACAGGCCAUGGAAGCACUGAGUCGUCAGGUUGAGUCUUUGGCAGCGGGCAUGCGGCGAAUGGAGACGGAUGUGGGCACGCGUUUGGUGCUGCUCGAGGCCCAAGUGGCGAGUGGGCCCAACUCGCAGCAGCCCGUGAAUGACCGUCGGGGUGCCGACGCUGCGGGACCAAUCAGUCCACCACCUGCCACACUGGCUGGUACCUCGCUAGCGACUGGCAGCCGUCUGCACACGGGAGCAGCUCCAAUGGCAUCCAGUAGGGCUCCUGCAGCAGCUUCACGGUCGCCGGUCACAGGUACGACUACGGCGACAACGGUGAGGGCGGAAGAGCGUGCUGCACAGGCAGCAGAGCCACCAACGACCUUGCGGGCCACUAUCAGCGAACGUCAGCACUUGACACCCUUUGCUUUUCUCGCACGGGGUGGCCCUCUGUCUGAGUAG